AUGAAGCUUGACGAGGAGAGUUCAAGACUGUGCACAUUUAACACCCCGGAGGGCAGGUACAGGUUUCUUCGUCUACCAUACGGCAUCUUGUCUGCGCCCGAAGUAUAUCACAAGACCAUUCACAUGAUUUUUGAGCACAUACCCGGAGUUGGGAUAAUGAUGGAUGAUAUCAUAGUGUGGGGCUCAACACAAAAAGAACACGACGAAAGACUGAGACAAGUGCUAGAUAAGACAAGGGAGGUGAACCUGAAACUUAACAGAGAAAAAUGUGAGUUUGGAGUGAAGUCACUGACCUUUGUGGGAGAUGUUGUGAGUGAAGAGGGCGUGAAGCCAGACCCGAGAAAAAUUUCAGCAAUCAACAACAUGGAAAGGCCAACCAACAAAGAUGAGGUCAGACGUUUCCUAGGGAUGGUCACCUAUCUUGCCAAGUUUGUCCAACAACUGUCAACACAGUCAGCACCUCUCAGGAGUCUUCUUGAACAAAAGAAUGAAUGGAUAUGGUGCCACGAGCAAGAACAAUGUUUUCUGAGACUGAAAGAGACUCUUACACAGGAGCCCGUGUUAAAGUUUUAUGACCCCGAGAAGAACACCAGGAUCUCGUCAGAUGUAUCACAGUACGGCUUGGGAGCAGUGCUACUGCAGCAACAUGAAGAGCAGUGGCUACCUGUCGCCUAUGCAUCCAGAGCACUGACAAGUGCCGAGACCAGGUAUGCUCAAAUCGAGAAAGAACUGUUGGCAAGUUUGUAUGCAUGUGAGCAUUUCCACCAAUAUGUACAUGGACAGAUGUUUCAAGUGGAAACUGAUCACAAACCGUUGGUGUCCAUCAUGAACAAACCGUUGAAUGUCUGUCCAGUACGAAUACAGCGCAUGCUAAUUCGACUGCAAAAAUAUGACGUGCACAUGAUAUAUACACAAGGAAAAUAUAUGUACACAGCCGACACAUUGUCUAGAGCAGUGGAUAAGAGAAAACUUGCAGACAGUGAAAAUAGCAUAGAGACACAGGCAUAUGUAGAUAUGGUAGUGACAUCUUUACCGGUGACUGCAGACAGAACAGAACAAAUACGGAGAGAGACUAUUGAAGAUGAAACUAUGAAAGAACUCAAGAGCGCAGUACAGAAUGGAUGGCCUGACAGCAAAAAGGAUUGCCCCUUGAAAAUAAAAGGCUAUUGGAAUUGUGGAGCUGAGCUCACAGUGGUGGAUGACAUUGUGCUAAAAGGGAGCAAAUUUGUUAUUCCGUACUCACUGCGCAAGCAGAUGCUCGAAAAGAUACACGAAGGCCACCUUGGUGAAGUCAAGUGUAAACAGAGGGCUAGAAAAGUAAUGUACUGGCCAGGGAUCAAUCACGAUAUUAGCCAAACAACAGCGUCAUGUGGAAUUUGCCGAACUUACAGGCCAAAACAACAAGCGGAGCCACUGAUGACUCAUCCAGUGCCACACAGACCUUACUACAAAGUGGGAACUGAUCUAUUUGACUUUGAUGGAAGGAGCUAUGUGGUACUCACAGAUUACUUUUCGAACUAUCCUGAAAUUGGAGCGUUGCAGUCAACAUCGAGCAAAGCAGUUGUCAGUUAUUUAAAGACUGUUUUCGCCAGACAUGGUGUUCCAUGCGAACUGUUUUCCGACAAUGGUCCCCAGUUUUCUAGCUGUGAGUUUGCUGCCUUUGCCAAGGAAUGGGGGUUUCAACACUCUACGUCAAGUCCAACUUAUCCAAAGUCCAACGGCUUGGCAGAAUGCUCUGUCAAAACUGUAAAAAAAACUUGUUAAAGAAAUCACAGGACAAAGAUAACUUUCAGAAAAGUUUACUGAUCUACCGGAGUGCACCUCUACAAAAUGGACUGUCACCAGCCCAAAUACUUAUGGGUAGGCGCAUUCGCUCCAACCUACCAGUCAACGAGGAUUUGCUGACACCCAAAAGCGCACACAAGGUCAGACAAGCUAAGGAAGUACAAAAAGCAAAGCAAAAACAUCUGCAUGAUAGAACUGCAAAACACCUGCCUAUGCUGAGGCCAGGAGAUGUUGUGCGUCUCUGAGACAUUUCUACAGGCACCUGGAGACAAAAAGGACAGGUGGAAGAGGAAGUUGCUCCACGCUCGUAUAGGAUCCAGAUGGAAAAUGGACCGUCUCUGAGAAGGAACCGUACGGAUCUUCAACUACAGCUGACUGAAGGAAAAAAUGCAGCUCAGGAAAAGGCUCAACAGGACUCAGCUGGACCUGCAGAACUUGCUGACACGGAGCCUGACCUUGCUGACCAAGGACUGACAGCAGUGUCCGCGUCACCUACUGUUGAGAGACUGUCUAGACCUAAGAGACAUGUUCAGCCACCUAAGAGGCUGAUUGAGGGUUGUUAAGAACUCUUUGUUUUUGCAAGUUGUUAAAAAAAAAAAAAAAAAAAAAGUUUUGACAUAAAUGCUUUGACAUUUUUGUGUGGUUACAAUGCUAAAAAAUGAAAAAGUUGUAGUUUAAAAUAUAAUAACACUUUGAGUUAAACACUAUUUCUUUAUAGGGGGAAAAAUCUGAUGUUAUGAGCCAGGGAAUAAUAGAACUACACUACCCAGCAUGCAACGGGAGUGACGAGCAUGCGCUGUGGGGGGAGUUGUAAGUGGCCAUGUUGACAGCUAGGAUGUUGUGAUAUGCACGCUCUAAAAAGUAAAUGUUGGGAACUCA